AACGAGGAGUGGUAAAUAGUUUUUCUUCAAGAAAACGAAAUCCCUAGCCGCGAAGCAGACAUCUCAGAAGGCAAACCAAGCGUCGGUUGUCGUUGUUGCUGAUUUUGGCGGGUGAGAGUUGAGAGAAAGCGCGAGAAAUCAAUGGGUAUAGGGGAAGCAGAGGAGGAAGGACCUAUUUUCAGGGAUAUAAGGCGAUAUUAUUGUGAGUACUGCGGCAUCUGCAGGUCCAAAAAGACCCUGAUUGCUUCUCACGUGCUCACUCACCACAAGGAAGAGAUGGAAAUGGCCAAAGAGGCUGAUGGGGAAAGAGAGAGGGAAAAAUCCAAUACUUGCCAAGAAUGUGGUGCUACUUUUAAAAAACCUGCAUAUCUCAAGCAACACAUGCAAAGCCAUUCCCUUGAGAGGCCGUACGUUUGUUUGGUGGAUGAUUGUCGUUCCAGCUUCAGAAGAAAGGACCACUUAAAUCGUCAUCUUCUUCAGCACCAAGGGAAACUCUUUAAGUGUCCGAUUGAGAACUGUAAUCGUGGGUUUGUUUCCCAAGGUAACAUGAGGAGGCAUGUGAGAGAACUCCACAAUGAGGAUGAUCCUUUGGCUAAUGUUGGAGGUCAGAAGCAGCAUGUAUGCCAGGAUUGUGGAAAGGUGUUCAAAUUUGCUUCAAAGCUGCAGAAGCAUGAGAAUUCUCAUGUUAAGCUGGAUUCAGUGGAAGCAUUCUGCUCUGAACCUGGCUGUAUGAAAUAUUUUUCUAAUCAGAAAUGCCUUAAGGCCCAUAUUCAGUCCUGCCACCAACAUAUCACCUGUGAGAUAUGUGGGACCAAGAAGCUGAAAAGGAACAUCGAACGGCAUCUCUGCACGCAUGAAGGGGGACGUGCUUCAGUGGAGAGAAUUAAAUGCAGUUAUAAGGGUUGUCUUCACACAUUUUCAACUAAAUCAAAUCUCCAUCAACAUGUCAAGGCAGUACACCUUGAACAUAAACCUUUUGUCUGUAGCUUUUCGGGUUGUGGCGUGAGAUUCGCAUACAAGCAUGUGAGAGAUAAGCAUGAGAAGACUGGACGUCAUGUCUAUGCAUAUGGGGAUUUUGAAGAGGCUGAUGAGCAAUUCCGGUCAAGGCCAAGGGGCGGCCGUAAGAGGAAGUACCCCACUAUAGAAAUGCUCGUACGAAAAAGGGUGACUCCACCAGACCAAUUGGGCCAGGAGUCUGAGUACCACUCCUGGUUGCUCUAACAAGAGGCUGAAGACGAGAAUUGAGCCAUGCCCUUGAAGUAAGUGAUUGGACAUAUCCACUACAUACGCUAACCUACGUAGAAGUUUGUGUGUCAUGAAUCUGAACAUUAGAUAUGGAAAUUGGGUGAUGCUGUGAAUCUGAACACUAAAUAUGUAUAGCAUUUCUGUAUUUUUUGAAGAUAAGCAUUAUUCUGUUUAGUUGAAUGGUAUUUAUUAAUCCAAUAGUUGAACCACGACCUC